UCUCUAGUUCUUGUGCGGGAUCGUCUCGUGUAGAAAGUCCGAGUUCAUACAGGAAACUGUGGAAAGAAGAUACUCUAUUUGAAAUACGUUCUUUUGUGCRUAUCUUUGCAGUGAAAAUCAAAAGUUAGAUCGCUAAUGGUUCCUGCAAGGCUGGAAGGAAACUGAAAAAUUGCAUCACAAAAGACGGUUCCGCUGUCACGAACUUACAUAACAUGUCACGCAAAGCGAUGUGAAAAAAACUCUGAUAUCUAACAUUGCAGUUUAUACGAAAUGGCGGYGACAGAAAAAGAUACUAGCUGUAUUCAUGGUGGCAAAAAAAUAGCAGUGAUUUUCACUGUAGGAAUCCUGUUGAUUUUGGCUKGCGUUACCUGUUAUCCAUUGAUAGAUUCACUCAUUCAGAAUAAAAUCAAUUCUCAGCUUGUUCUAAGCCCGACUUCAAACGCAUUAAAAGAGUGGAAAUCGCCUGAUGUACCCAUUUACUUACAGUUCUUYCUUUUCAAUGUUGAAAAUAAAGACGAGGUAAAAAAUGGAGGAAAGCCKUAUGUCAUCCAGAAAGGACCUUAUUCCUACAAAGAGCAUAGGCUUAAAGAGAAUGUAACUUGGCAUAACGAGAAUGCCACUGUGAGCUAUAAUGAACGACAGUGGUUUGUAUUUGAUGUGGCGACUUCUUGUAAUGGAUGUGAUCCUUUCAAAGAUCAAAUUACAAACCUCAAUAUUCCAGUCAUGACACUUGCUGAUGUCAUCAAUAAAUAUCCAGACAUAUUAAAAUGGAAGGAGUUUGUUGAUUUCAUUCUACGAGUUAGCAAAGAAGAUAUUUUUCAAACCAGAACUGUCCAAGAAUUAAUUUGGGGAUACCAAGACCCAUUGCUUAAAGAAUACGAAAAAUUGAAAAGCAAAUUUCCCCUUAAGUUCUUCAAUCUUCCUGAUGUGAAUCCAACCAUUGCGUUACAACAGAAUGACACAUUMCAGGGGGUUACAGCUGUGCAUACAGGUGCCCAGGAUAUUAAUUUGAUUGAGAAAUGGAAAAGCUGGAAAGGAAAUACUGAUGUUGGGGUAUGGAAUACCUCAUAUGCCAAUAUGUUGAAUGGAAGUGAUGGCUCCCAGUUUCCACCACAGCAGAACAAAAACAGUAUUUUGUAUGUCUUUGUCACACAGCUUUGCCGCUCAUUAUAUUUGACUUAUGACAGUUCAUCUAAAGUCCAUGGAAUUGAUACUUUGAUAUUUACAACUCCAAAGGAGGUGUUUCUCAAUGCAACUCUCAAUCCUGAUAAUAAAGCAUUCUGUACAAAAAAAUGCUACCCUUCUGGUAUUCUAGACGUUGGGGUUUGCCAGAAAGUAUCAUUGCCCUUACCUAUUUUUGUUUCUGCACCUCAUUUCUACCAAGGUGCUAAGUCUCUCACUGAUAAUGUCUAUGGUCUUUCACCGAAUAAGGAAGAGCAUGGUACAAUACUUCAGGUAGAGCCCCACCUGGGACUGCCAUUAAAGAGUGCCAAACGUCUCCAAAUCAAUAUCUUAAUGGGGCCAGUGAAGCACAUUGGGGAAACUGAGAACCUCAGGAAGUUGUUUCUUCCUGUCAUGUACAUCAAUGAGACGGCAACAAUWACCAGCAGCCAAGCAAAGAUGAUAAAAGAAAAAGUCUUGAYMCCAAUUACUGUGGCACACUACAUUGAAUUAGCAUCCAUCAUUCUUGGAACAGUCUUGAUUAUUAUCCCAUUGAUSUUGCUAGUGCUUCUUAUCAAUAGGAAUCGAAAACUUAAAGCAAUUAAGACAAUGUUGACUCCAGCUGUUCCUACUGAGAAUUCUCCACUAAUAGUAAGCACAUAGUGUCAUGUGACUGUAUCAAUACAGCAUAGGAUUUGUAGGACGACCAUAAUCCAUAAUAUGGUCAGCAUAAUGUAUUAUUAUAUUAUAUACAGUCAACUCUUGCUAUUUAGUGUCCACAGUAGGAAGAUUCCGUAGUAACUAGUUUACUUUCAGUCAUUUCUUUGUAUUUUUUUGCCGGGGAUUCARUAUUUUACUGUCCGCAAUAUUGAGGUGUCUGUCAUAGUGGGGUGUCCUUAAGGCGAGAGUUGACUGUAUAUGUGAUAUGUAUUAAACUUACAAAUAAUGAAAAUGAAUGAAUGAGUGGGAUUUCCUUUUACA